AAUUCUCACGGAGCAAUAGAUAGGCGGCGAAUUUUCACGUUUGGGCGCGUGAAUUUAACAAGAAAAGAAACCAAGUUUGGGGAUUUCUGCUCAGUAGCAUUGUUAAAACCAUUUCUCAGCUGCUUAGCCAAAAAAUUUAUUAUUUUUUAGAAAAAAUAGAAGCUUUCUGUAAUGGCCGAAGAGGGAUUAACUUCUCUGAAAAGAGAGCCUAUCAAAUCUUCAGUUGGAAAUGUUGCGGCACAGAAGAGAAAGCAGAACGCAGUGGCUGUGGGGAAGGAAAGGAGAGAAUCAUUGGUUCGAGCAAAGCGUUUAUGCAGAGUGGGAACUAGUGGUGAUAGUGAUAGUGAGAUGAUAAUUGAUGAAGAGCAAUCUAUUCUUGAUGCUCAGACUUCUUCGGCUGUCGAGGAGUUGAAAUCUGCUGUUGCUUUCCAAGGAAAAGGUGCAAUGCAAAAGAAAGUUGGCGCACUUCGUGAACUAAGGCGUUUGUUGUCAAGAUCUGAAUUCCCUCCAAUUGAAGCUGCUAUUAAAGCUGGAGCAAUCAUCUUACUUGUGCAGUGUCUUUCAUUUGGCUCUCCUGAUGAGCAGUUGCUUGAGGCAGCUUGGUGCCUAACAAACAUUGCAGCAGGAAAACCAGAAGAAACAAAGGCAUUACUGCCUGCAUUACCAUUGCUUAUUGCACAUCUUGGAGAAAGAAGUUCCUCGCCUGUUGCUGAGCAGUGUGCAUGGGCAUUGGGAAAUGUUGCUGGUGAAGGAGAAGAUUUGAGAAAUGUUUUGCUAUCUCAAGGAGCCUUACCCCCACUUGCUAGAAUGAUGCUGCCAAACAGGGGUUCAACCGUCAGAACAGCUGCUUGGGCAUUAUCGAACCUAAUCAAGGGACCAGAUCCUAAGGCUGCAACAGAACUUAUUAGAGUUGAUGGAGUACUGGAUGCGAUAGUUCGGCACUUAAGAAAAGCGGAUGAGGAGUUGGCAACUGAAGUAGCAUGGGCAGUCGUGUAUCUUUCUGCACUUUCAAAUGUUGCUACCAGUAUGCUGGUGAAAAGUGAUGUUCUUCAAUUGCUGAUCCAAAGAUUAGCAACAUCAAAUAGCUUGCAAUUGCUUAUUCCGGUCCUACGAAGUUUAGGUAAUCUUAUAGCUGGUGAUUCACACACAAUCUCUGCUGUCCUUCUUCCUGGAAUAGAGAUCACAGAUAGUAUCAUUGCGGUUUUAGUAAAAUGUUUGAAGAGUGAGCACAGAGUCUUGAAGAAGGAAGCUGCAUGGGUGUUAUCUAAUAUAGCUGCUGGUUCAGUUGAGCAUAAGCAGUUGAUUUAUUGUAGUGAGGCAGUACCAUUAUUAUUGCGCCUUCUUUCAACUGCACCUUUUGAUUUAAGAAAAGAAGUAGCUUAUGUUUUGGGUAACCUUUGUGUUGCCCCAGCAGAAGGUACUGGAAAGCCAGAUCUGAUUCUAGAGCACUUAGUUUCCCUGGUUAGUAGAGGAUGCCUUCCUGGUUUUAUCGACUUGGUUAGAUCUGUAGAUGCAGAAGCUGCAAGAUUAGGUCUUCAGUUCAUAGAGCUGGUUCUGAGGGGGAUGCCAAAUGGUGAGGGCCCAAAGCUCGUGGAACAAGAGAAUGGAAUUGAAGCAAUGGAAAGAUUUCAGUUCCAUGAGAAUGAAGACCUAAGAAAUAUGGCUAAUGGUUUAGUUGAUAGAUACUUUGGCGAGGACUACGGGCUUACUGAAUUGACUGAUUGAUGAGAGCAAUGCCAAAAUGUUCCAAGUGCCAUGUUUUCCCUUGUAUAAUAAAAGCUCAUCUAACUUUUGUUUAGAAACCCUUUUAAGCAAUGUAAAUUAUGAGUCCACAUAUCCAUUUGCAUGUAGCAAAGAGAGCUCAAUCUUUGGUGGAUUGGUUCAGAACAGGGAGAAUGUGGGAGUUCGUAGGGUGUGCGCAUGCUCCACAGCUGUCUGAUUUCUUCUUCCUAAAUGCACAUGUGCGACAUUGUUCUUCCUCGUGAAAA